CUCCACCCCUGCGAAGGAGGUUUGACCAGCAGAGGCUGAGCCCACCUCUGGCUCCGAAUCACUGACAUUUCGACUCCGGGCUUCAACCUGUUUACAAGCGGGCUUCCCAAAGGAAGGGGGUGGCGGGAGGGGGGCGGGAGGGAAAUAGGGCCAAGCGAAACACCAACCGCCAUCUCCCCCAAACAAGAAGUGACUUUCUGGAGGCUUCACAUCCACAGGCACCACCAAAAAGAGAAAGCAAGAGGGGGGAAGGAAACAACGGCGACGGGCAGCUGCCUCCGGUUCUGACAACUCCAGGGGGACGCGCUUUGCGAACGGGCUCGCAGGCUGGGGCUCCGCGGAGAGGGACCGGAGGGCGCCCAGCCCGGGCCGGCGCAGCGGGCGCAGCGGGCUCCCCGGCCUCCCGCCCCGGCCUCCGCGGGGCUUGCUCACCGUGCUGUCAUCUGUUUUUCAGACUUUUUUUUGUUUUUGUUUUUGUUUUUGUUUUUGUUUUUGUUUUGUUUUUGUGUCUUUUUUUUUUUUUUUUUUUUUUGCAUCUAACAUGGUGAAGAAAGGAGUGAAGAAGCGAACAAAGUAGCUCCCGAGGGGAGUGGAGCUCGCUGGUGACCCAGAGCCCCGCCGCCGCCGCCGCCGCCGCCGCCAGCUCCCGCUACCGCGGCCACCCACGUCCACCCACGUCCACGUUCACCGGGAGACUCGCGCGGCCGCGGAUCCCAGGACGGAGCGAGGAGAGGCGGCCGGCCCUUCCGAGGAGUUAUGGAUGUUGGUGCCCUCACUUCUGGCCGGAUCCGCGCCCCGGGGGAGCUAACCAGCGGCCGCCGCCUCCAGCUGUCUCCUUGCCUCGCACCAGGGCUUACCCUUCCAGUAUGUUCCUUCUGAUGAGACAAUUUCCAGUGCCGAGAGUUUCAGUACAAUGUGGAAAUGGAUACUGACACAUUGUGCCUCAGCCUCUCCCCACCUGCCUGGCUGCUGCUGCUGCUUCUUGCUGCUGUUCUUGGUGUCUUCCAUCCCUGUCACCUGCCAAGCCCUUGGUCAGGACAUGGUGUCACCAGAGGCCACCAACUCCUCUUCCUCCUCCUCCUCCUCGUCCUCCUCGUCCUCGUCCUCCUCCUCCUCCUCCUCCUCCUCGUCCUCUUCCUCCUUCUCCCCUCCUUCCAGUGCGGGGAGGCACGUGCGGAGCUACAAUCACCUCCAAGGCGAUGUCCGCUGGAGAAAGCUCUUCUCUUUUACCAAGUACUUUCUCAAGAUUGAGAAGAACGGCAAGGUCAGCGGCACCAAGAAGGAGAACUGCCCGUACAGUAUCCUGGAGAUAACUUCAGUGGAAAUCGGAGUCGUUGCCGUCAAAGCCAUUAACAGCAACUAUUAUUUAGCCAUGAACAAGAAGGGGAAACUCUAUGGCUCAAAAGAAUUUAACAAUGACUGUAAGCUGAAGGAGAGGAUAGAGGAAAAUGGAUACAAUACGUAUGCAUCCUUUAACUGGCAGCACAAUGGGAGGCAAAUGUACGUGGCAUUGAAUGGGAAAGGAGCUCCCAGGAGAGGGCAGAAAACACGAAGGAAAAACACCUCGGCUCAUUUUCUUCCAAUGGUGGUCCACUCCUAGAGGAAGGUGAUGCUUGUGGAUACAGUGGAACCAAAGGUUCUUUUGCCAGGACUCUCUGGUAUUCUUCAUAAAGACAGGAGCUCAGAAGGCAAAGACACAUUGCAGGUGUCUGCUUGCUUGAAAAAAAGGAAGUCUUUAAAGGUGUUGUACUCACUGCUGACAUACGAUGUUCUUUUGAUUAGUUCUGUGUCAUGCCUUAUAAUCGAGAUAUAAGCAGAUUAAAUGGGAUGGAAGUUAUUCCUAAGCGAACAACAUUGUGGCUGGUUUUUUUUUGGUGAAGUUUUUGUUUCUGUGCUUGUUUUUUAACCUCUAAGAUAGAACUCAAAGGACAUGGGACAAUCUGUUGAAUGAUCUUCAGGAAAGUUAUUUAUGGAAUACGAACUCAUAUCAAAGACUUUCAUUGCUCAUUCAUUCAAGCCUAAUGAUUCAAUGAGCAGUAAGACACGCAAGCAUUUCCUGGAAAGCACUUGGGUCACAUCGUAUGCACAACCAAAGGAGCUUUGGGCGUGGCAUCAUGGAAGAGUCAGAUAAGAUUUUAAAAAAUGUAAACAUGUUAGUGUAAAACUGUUCUAACAAAACAAAUAGUAUGGUAUGCUUGUGCAUUCUGCCUUCAUCCCUUUCUAUUUCGUUCUAAGUUAUUUAUUUAAUAGGAUGUUAAAUAUCUUUUGGGGUUUUAAAGAGUAUCCUCAGCAGCUGCCCUCUGAUUUACCUUUUCUUUUUCUUCAGCACACCACAUGCAUGUUCAUGACAAAGUGUUCUUAAAACUUGGCAAACACUUCAAGAAUUGGAGAGGAGAUAGGGAAGCAGGGUGAGAGCCCCAUGUGCUAUCUGUUAACUUAAUAUCACUUCUGCAAUAAGAACCAUCAACAAUAAAUAUGACAGUGCUGUGGCAUGGCUUGAUGAGAGAUAUCUGCCAUCAUUUAAAAACAUCUAUCACUCCUAAGGCUUCCUUUCAUAAGAAAUAGACCCAAAGGCCAAAUUCUUCUCUUUUAAUACACCAAUGGGGCUCCAAGAAUAUGCUAAAAGAAGGAAAAUUGUUAAAUAAAUUUUAGUACCUAGCCUCAUUAUUUACUGAUUUUCUGCCAUGCGUCUCAAUGGUAAGUGAUGAAGAGGCUGUCUGCAUAUAUAAGAGCCUUUUAUGAGUACCACAAUAGUGCAUCUCCUCCAAAGGAAUUAUUGAGGAAUCUGAAGUAUAACACUCCCAGGGGCUUAAACUGAGCAAAUAUAUCCUGGUAUAUGUGUAGCCAUAUACUGAAAUCUGUUCAAGCUGUAUCAUCUAGUCUUUACAAAACCGAAUAAAAGUUAUUUUCUGUAAAUUUAAAGAGCUUUGGAAGAUUCCAUCAUGUAACCAUAUCAAAAUUCAUUUUGUUAGAGCAGGUAUAGGAAACAAUACAUAAGAGUAUACCAGUCAUCAUCACAUUGUAUUCCACUAAAUAAAUACAUAAGCCUUAUUUGCAGUGUCUGUAGUGAUUUUUUUUAAAAGUGUAGAAAAAUACUAUUUGUUUUAAAUACUUUGAUAACUAUAAGAUUAUAUUGAUGCUGCAGUUUUAUCUUCAUAUUUCUUGUUUUGAAAAGGUCUGUUUAUUUUUACUGUUUGGAUACAGUAUAUUGGUACAAGGGAAAGACUCACUAAAUGUGUCUUUUUACUAAAGUUUAACUUCUAGAAAGGCUGGUGUUUUGUGAUCCUCUCUUAUAACUUAAUUGUGUCAAUGCUUAACCAGUGCUUCCAGUUAAUCUGUUAUUUAAGAAUUAGUUUUAUUAGGAAACUUUCCCAUAAAGUAAUCCCAUAAAAGGUCUUAUUUUUUCAUUCCUUAAAAAAGUUGGGAUUUCAAAAGAUAUGCAUUUGAGGCAGAGAGUUUUGGCUUAUGGCUAAAGUUGUGUUUUGUGGCAUUUGGCUUCCAACUUGCUUCUUAACAAAUCAGAUUCUAAAAAUGUUUAAUUUUUGUGGUUGGAAUCUGUAUGUGAAAAUAUAAUUGGUAACUGAAUCUGAGAGCUAUAAUGUAAUGUAUUGCUAUCAGAACUAGAUUACCUUUGUUCUUUCAUUUUAAAAUAAUAAUUGCACCUGACACAUGAAUACAGACCACCCAAAACCAAAAUUAAAUGCUUGGUGAGACAAAUAUAGGAUUAGAUGACUGCACGAACAGCAAACAGGGCACAAACUGGAUUCGUAUUUCAUGUAGCCAUUUAGAUUGCUAAGGAGACUAUGUGUAAACAGGCAUCAAUAUCAGACCCCAAACACUAAAACAGCUUCUAGCAAAAUGUAUCAAAGCUUGCAGAAGCCAAAAAUAGAAAACAUCUCCCUCACCUCCCCCUCCCAACACACACACGUGUGCAAGUGUGCUCGCACUUGGGUGCACACACACACACACACACACACACACACAGAGAUAGAGACAGAAACAGAAAGGAGAUUCUCCUGAAUUUAAAAAUGGCAUCUUUGCUUGAUAUUGAGAUAGAAUUCUGGUCACCUUUGUAGUUGGAUUGUGCUACUGAAGAAAAAGCAGUUCCAGCCCUGAAUAUUGUGUAUUAAAAAAAAAUCAUCAUGAUUUUGGGAGCUCAGUCUCUGCGGGAAGUGUGGCCCCUAGCCAUGAUGUCAAGGUGAGUUGGCCAUAAAUGUGUGUCCAUCUGAGUGCUGGUACUAAGGAGACUCCUCAUAAAGAUAUAAAAUCCCUCCCUCUUCCUACCUCCCCAAAGGCUGAACAGUGUAUAGUAUGUUACAUUUCAAUAAAUCAAUAAAAAUGCUGGGA